AGCAGUUCAGCAUUUCGCUCUCUACGUUCUUUACGCUCCUCGCCGCGGGCGAGAGAGAAGACAUCUGGCAUCGAGGGUAGGAAAUGCUCGGAAAUCAAUCCCGUAAAAAUAAACACAUAAUUUGGCCGCAACUUUACAAAGAAAUAUAAGUGGCUGUUUGUCGUUAAGAAGUGUAAAUUAUAGAUCAUUAUAAAGUAGUGAGUUUAGAAGUGAAAAAAUCACUUUGUGACUCUUUCGUCAUCUAGUAAUUUUUUUAAAUUCUGUCAACCUACAAAUUGAAGAUUUCAGUGGCACUUUGAAUUUGAAUUUACUUUAAAUUUUCCCUCUUUCCUGAAUUAAAUACAGGGUAAUCCUAAUAACUCAUGUGUUCAUCGGCGAAUAUUAUCAUUUUCUCACUAAUUAUAGGUUACCUGUUAACAGCACUAAAAGUCAGCAUCCGUAGCCAUUAAUCUACUGCCGAGUUUAAAUUGGUCUCCGUUGCUUGAGCUUUUCAAUUUAAAAACAGACACUGAAUCCUCAGAGUAGAUUAUCUCCGGAGUCCAUUCAAGAUGCAUACGAGCUUAGAGACUAUUGGGGCCUUUCACAACUCAAUUUAGAACUUAUAUUUCCACAGGAUAGCGAGGCUGACUUCCAGGGGGAGAUUAGUUUUCCUUCACCGCUAAUGGCAAUUGAGACUGAAAUGGGUGUGGUCAUUUUCGAUGUGAUUGGAAUGAAUAAACUGUUGAGUGUUGGUACUCGACAGUUGACGCCACUUGAUACUCUCGAUAGAUAA